AUGGAAAAAAGCGAUACAUACGCAAUUUUAGAUAUAAACAUCUGUAACAAAGAUUCAGAGAAGACAGAUAAUGACGAUAUUGUUAAAAAUAUGCCCUUAACAACUGUGAUAAAAAUUCAAAGAGAUCGUGGUGAACGGGAUUACAUUGGGUUUGCGACUCUACCUGAGCAGGUACAUCGCAAAUCUGUUAAAAGAGGUUUCGAUUUCACACUCAUGGUAGUCGGAGAGUCUGGGCUCGGCAAGUCUACAUUAAUAAAUAGUCUAUUUCUUGGGGAUCUUUACAAAAAUAGAAAAAUACCCGAUGUUCAAGAUAGAAUAGAAAAAACAACUACGAUAGAAAAGAAAACAAUGGAAAUAGAGGAACGUGGAGUGAAGCUCCGAUUAACGAUAGUGGAUACACCAGGAUUCGGGGAUGCAAUAAACUGUGAGGAUUCUUGGCGCGUAUGCUCUGCUUACGUGGACGAACAAUUCCGCCAGUAUUUUACCGACGAAAGUGGUCUCAACCGGAGGCAUAUGCAAGACAAUCGAGUACACUGUUGCCUUUAUUUCGUACCUCCAUGGGCUCACAGUUUACGUCAAGUGGAUUUGGAAAUGAUGAGGCGACUGCACCGCAAAGUAAAUAUCGUAGUAGUGAUCGCAAAGGCGGACUCACUCACAGCUGCGGAGGUGCGAAGGUUAAAGACACGCAUUCUUAAUGAUCUUGAGGAACAUCAGAUACAGGUUUAUCAGUUUCCGGAUUGCGAUAGCGAUGAAGAUGAAGAUUUUAAGCAACAGGAUCGCGAGCUUAAAGCAGCAGCGCCUUUUGCAGUGGUGGCUUCAGACACUGUCUUAGAGGUGGGAGGAAAACGGGUACGCGGCCGACAGUAUCCCUGGGGCAUUGUUGAUGUGGAAAAUCCUCGACACUCCGACUUUACAAAGCUGCGGACGAUGUUAAUUUCCACGCAUAUGCAAGACUUGAAGGACGUUACUCAGGACGUGCACUACGAAAACUUCCGCGCGCAAUGUAUCUCGCAAAUAUCUCAGCACGCUAUGCGUGAACGGGGAAAACUGAAAAGAGAUUCAAUGGGAAACAACGCAGAUGUAGUUUUCACAGAUACGGAUAGAUUACUCUUGCAAAAAGAUGAAGAGAUACGACGUAUGCAGGACAUGUUAACCCAAAUGCAAGAAAAACUCAAAGCUUCCGAUAAGAAACACGACAGUAUUAUUGAUGUA